GUAUCCAUCUGCCUAACCCAAGUGGCUCAUCAACCUGUCCAAGACAGCAAGAAAACAGCCUAGUGCAUCGAAAUUUCGUCCGAAUAAUACCUGUGUGUAUGAAAGACACGGAAACGCUUUCAGACUCUACUCGACUGGUCUUGAAACUUGACUCUUCAUAUUUAUAUCCAGCCACCAAAGCAUUUCCCAGGGAUAUCCAACCGCGCUCAAAGGACAAGCGCAUCCGACACAGCGACGAUCGAGGCUCAGUCAGCUGGCGGCCGAUCCCCGGCGAACAAGGGAGCAUUCAGCGCCACAUCUGAGCCCAACUUGAAUGAAUCGGCUGUCUGCUUGACUCCAGAGAGACACCAACGCGUUUGAGGCGGGCUAUAGACAGAUCCGUGGCAGGCGUGGAAAUACUCUGCGCGGGACCUGCCCCAAUUCCGGGAUACCGUCUGAUGCACAUAGCAGUGCCUUGAUUUGACAGAGUAACAAGCCGACACGCCUUUGCCUCAGACUAUCAAGCAUCUCAUAUCUGGAAACACGAACAGGAAGGCGGGUCGCCGACUGCCGGUGAUCACAAGGAUUGGAAGAAUGGCGGUGAUCGUCGUCUCGGAUGGAAGUUGAUCAAAAACUUUGAAGUAAAGCGGGUGUGGGUGGGCCUCCUAGACUCGAAGCUCUGCACGCCACAGAAUGAGGCUCAGGUCGAAGCUUAUAUCAUCGGAAACACACAGGAGAAAGGUCGGAGGCAUAUAGCGCUUACUCAGAGGGAGGCAGUAAGAAGCAAGGGUUGGAAAGGGCUGGAGAGCAGGACUGGAAGACAUGGUUCAGGCACGAUCAGAAGCGAUUAAAGUUGCCAUGGGUUGCAUGUUCUCCGGGUCUCGAAUGAUGCAAGCUCGAUGAUUUCCACGAGCUUUCCCAGAAGAUCUCGAGUUCAUCAUCACAGGCUCCUACCGAUGGAGGAAACUCCAUUCCCCGAUAGACUGCUGCCCGAGGGUGUGGGAGAGCCCGAGGCGAUCGGCGGAUUGUUGCUUUCCUUUCACCGCCGAUGCUUACAGGCUGAGAGGAUGUUUGUAGUGUGAAGAUCAGGCACGGAGGGCGGCGCUUGGCGGCAGCAAGCGGCAGCAGAUCGCAUCACGUGAUUAUCGCAUUCGCCAGAUAUUUAUCGCUCUUACAUCGCUCAACCGUUCGACAACUUCCUAUAGAUAGUCACUAGCCAACGUACGCGGUCACGGUCCACGUCUCCAUACCUCUCGGACUUCCUUCUACCUCCUUCCAACGUUCCAGACAGCUGUCCUGAUUCGUCGAAGCAAUGCCGCCUUCCGAUGACCCAUUGGACGCUGUGCUCCGACCCCCUCCAGACGAAACAGAGGAACAAGCCGCAAUCCGACUUGAGAGAGAAGACCUUGCGCGGAAAGUCAGCGCGAAGAUAGAUGCAGAUAUUAGGGCGGAGCGGCAAGCGAGGAAGAAGAAGCGUAUUGUGCGGCUACUUUUACUGGGCCAGAGCGAGAGCGGGAAAAGCACGACUCUCCGACAAUUUCAACGUUUAUAUACCCCGACUGCUUUCAGGGCAGAACGAGUGCACUGGCGGGCUGUGAUCCAGCUGAAUAUCGUCCGUUCGAUACACACUAUUCUCGAGGCUUUGGCGGAAUCCUCUGCCAUUCCGAUACCAGGACGUGCACGCGGUCGACGACGUUCUACUUCCCUCCACGCGUUCGCAUCUUCUUCGCCUGGAGCCGGUCCCUCCACGAUACCUCUAAGCAUCUCUCCAGAUGUCGCACCUUCCUACUACGAUGGAGGGGGAGGCGAAUUCGCAUUUAACGGCGUUGACUCUGAUCCCGAUAGCGACCCAGAAAGCGCAUACGAGCGAUUCGCGAUCCAUCCCCCUCAGCAAACUGCCGCGGCCUAUGAUGGGUAUUCCAUGCGCCUUCUCCCGUUACGGCAUGUCGAGGCGCUGCUUAUCGCGCGGCUGGUUCCUGCGCACGAAGACGAGCCGACCCAUCUGCCAGGGCGCGGGCCUGAUUCGAUCAGCUCCAAUAGCAGCGGGGAGAUCUUCGUUCGGCCUGGGAACCGAUGGAAAAGCGCUCGGAGACGGUCCCCGGACCCAGUGCCACGCGACGAAGUGCAAGACACACUGCAUUCCUGUUCGCAGGUCAUGCAGGGUCUCUGGCUUGACACUGAUGUCAGGAACGUGCUUAAGCGGAGGAAGAUCCGACUCGAGGAGGGCCCCGGCUUUUUUCUGAAUGACCUCGCACGCGUGACAGCACCUAACUACCUACCAACUGACGAUGACGUCUUACGAGCUCGACUGAAAACCGUCGGGGUCAGCGAAUACAUGUUUGAGAUGGAGGUUCCGACGGGCCGGGAGACUGGCGCAGAAUGGCGGAUAGUCGAUGUUGGAGGAAGCCGAAGUCAGCGAGCGACUUGGGUUCCCUUCUUUGACGAUGUGGACGCCAUCAUUUUCCUUGCACCUAUCUCGGGCUUUGACCAGGUCCUUUCCGAAGAUCGGACUGUCAACCGUUUGGAAGACUCUGUGCUUCUUUGGAAAGCCCUCUGCGGCAACAAGUUAUUGGCUGCCGUCGAUAUCGUCCUGUUCUUGAACAAAUGCGACAUCCUCGAGGCCAAGCUCAAGGCUGGUAUUCGACUUGCCAAGUAUGUCAAGAGCUAUGCAGACAGGGAGAACACGGUCGACGCCGUCAGCUCUUAUCUCAGAAGCAAGUUCAGUGCGAUUCACCGAGAAAGCUCGCCCAGUCCACGCAAGUUCUAUGCCUUUUGCACCAGUGUCACGGACACUGCCACGACCGGUGGCAUCAUUGCGAGUGGUGAGCUGUCUCGGCUCUGUGUCCGUUUCAAGUGCUUGACGACGCUCCAGUCCGUGAUAUGGUGGUUCGACAGCAUCUGAAGCAGUCUAAGCUCCUCUGAGCACGCGGUUGUCAUCUCCACAGCAAUUGUGCUACUUUCACGUGGGCGCGGUCGGAUCUUUCAUAUGCUGCUGUCUCGAGCGCUUUUUCUCUCCGAAAUACCCACCUGCUGCCGACCGUCGCUCCCUCCUUGCUGUCGAUUUCUGAAAUGUUGUUCGUUGUUGUCGAGAUGUCCGUCACAUGCUGUCCGUUAUCAUUUUGGGCUUAUUUUUGGGAUAUAUUGUAUGCCGUAGAUGCUCUAAUGCACGCUGUAUUUUACGCCCCGUCUAUUUACCUCGCGCGUCUAGACUCUCUGUCCGAACAUGCACAGCCAUUCGGGCAAAGGAUGUGCCCAGAGCGCA